CGGCUCCCCUCGGUGUCCCCUCGUCCCGGUUGCGCCCCGGUUGGGUCCCGUUUGGGCCCCGGUUGGGCCCCGGCCCUCAGCCCCGCGCAGCCGCCAUGGCAACGGCGCCGUCCCGUCCCGUCCCCGCCCCGGAGCAGCCGAGCGGCCGGACGUCGCGGCACAGAGCGGGCCCCGCGUUCCGCCGCCGCUCCGCCCGCGCUCUCGCUGCUCCGGCUGCCGGAGGACUGACGGCAGGAGGCGGCCGGGCUGGGGGGGGCAGGCGAGGAGAAGAUGGCGGAGGCCUCGGCGGCCGCGGCCGUGGCCCAGCACCGCUUCUUCUGCCACAGCUGCAAAGGCGAGGUCAGCCCCAAGCUGCCGGAGUACACCUGCCCUCGCUGCGAGUCCGGCUUCAUCGAGGAGGUCACAGAGGAUUCCAGUUUCCUCGAUGGCAGUGGCCUAGACGACAGCCCAUCCACACAGUUUGCAGAGCUUUGGGACCAUUUGGACCACACCAUGUUCUUCCCAGACUUCAGACCUUUCCUGAGUAGCAGCUCCCUGGAUCCAGACAACAGGGACAACGAGAGGGGUCACCAAGCCCACGCCGACCUCUGGGGUCCCAGUCGCCCGCCGCGAUUGCCCAUGAGCAGGAGAUACAGAGCCCGGGGCAGCUCCCGCCCCGACAGGUCUCCUGCCAUCGAAGGGAUAAUACAGCAGAUCUUUGCAGGGUUUUUUGCCAACUCAGCCAUUCCAGGCUCCCAACACCCAUUUUCCUGGAGUGGGAUGCUGCACUCAAACCCUGGGGACUACGCCUGGGGACAGAGCGGCCUCGACGCCAUCGUCACUCAGCUCUUGGGGCAGCUGGAAAACACAGGCCCACCUCCAGCUGACAAGGAGAAGAUCUCCUCCCUGCCCACGGUGACAGUAACUCAGGAACAAGUCGAUACGGGUUUGGAGUGUCCUGUGUGCAAAGAGGACUACACAGUGGCCGAGCAGGUCCGGCAGCUACCGUGCAAUCACUUCUUCCACAGCAACUGCAUCGUGCCGUGGUUAGAGCUGCACGACACGUGUCCCGUGUGUCGCAAGAGCCUCAAGGGGGAGGAUUCCAGCCGGCAGCCGCCCAGCGCCGAGGCCUCGGCCGGCAGCGAGAGCCAGCUCCAGGACAGAUGGACUUUCUGAGCCUGAGGCUCGUCCCAGGGCAGAGCAGGGCUGGGGGGAAGCUCUCAGCUUGGACCAUCCUGACCUUGUAUGAUAAUUCCAACAAGACCAAGAGAAACACAGAACACAGCAGAAGCAGCCAAGCCCCCAACCCCCCCCAGAGUAGCAGGGGAUGUAGAGCAGGGGCAGCAGAGGGACCCCCCCAGGAGCCUCCUGAACCUGCUGCAGCUCCCUCAGCCUCGUUAGUCCCCAGUUCCCUGGCUCUGGAGUGAUUGGACUUGGGUUUUAUCCAGGGAACAGGGGGGGUCUGGGGAGAUUCCCACCCCCCCCCAGGCCCUGCUGUGGAAUUUGGGGAGGGGGAAGUGACCCCAACGAUGGGAGCUGCUGAUUCCUCCCCCCCUUUUCCCUCCCCACUCAGAGCAGGGGCUGCAAUCUCAUGCAGGAGGGGGGUUGUUUGGGGGAAGGGGGGGAUUUUUGCCCUCUGUCCUGUGGAUCCUGGGCAGACAGAGGCUGGGGGGGGCCAGGGCUCAUCCCCAGGGCUGAGCUGAAGCCCCUGGGGACAGGGGACCCCCUGGCUGCACCCAGCAGGAGCUCAUCUCAUGGACCCUUUGUUUUUUGGGGGAGGGGAGAGAGGUGAGUUUGGGUCUGGCCCUUCUCUCCCUCCCCCCCUCCCCAAUUCCUCCCCCCCCAUCCUCAUUCCCCCUUUGAGCCUGGUUUUAUCUCUGCAGGUUAUUUUGGGGGGGGGGGGGUGCUUCUCUUGAACAUUUCCACCCACAUUUGACAUCCUUUUUUUAUUUCCAGAGCGUCCUGAGCAGCUCUGGGCUCAAAACACCCCCCAAAACCCACCCCCUGGCACCCUCAAACCACCCCCCACCCCUGGGAGAGGGAGGGGACGUUGGGGGGGGGGAGGGUCGUGUCUCAACGUGUCGCUGUCGUGUUCCACGUCCCCUCCUCACCCCCCCAGCCCCAGCUGGGGUUUGUUUGCUAAGGACUCAAAUAAAGGCCUUUCUAAAGAA